UCACUUAUUCUCAAAUGUAUGUGCCCCCAUUCUAGUUAACCCCCCGUUGACAGUCAAAUCUUUGUUCUGAAUAUUUUUUCUGAAACAUUUACAUUCAUUGGACAAAUCAUGCAAGACAACUUAAUUAGUUUUAAAGGUCCUUAAUUAGGCCAUCUCUGAACAUGCUAUAUUUGGUGACGCCAAAAGCGCUGUCACUUUCUUGUGUUUUGUUGGUCUGUGUUUACACUGGUGUGUACGUGUGUGUGUGUGUGUGUUUGUGUGUGUGUGUGUGUGUGUGCGCGCGUGCUUGUGUGUGUUUUUGCGCGUACGUGCGCGCGCGCGAGACGUGUAGAAGGGAUCUGCACUGUCCACUCACUCUUACAAAAGGGCUGUUUGAGUAGAGGAUUUGUUUUCAUCUUUUACAUUUAUUUUUCGUGGACUGCAAAAUGACAAUAAGAUCAGACCGGGAUCAUGGUCAACAUUAUCGUCCACGGAUGGCCUGCCUUAAAAAGGUGGAGGCCAUAGUGGUAGAGAUGCAGAACCCAAAGAAUGGAGUCAAGGCAUCAGAACAGAAGUUAAACAUUACAGUCAUUCCCCAUGUCAUGGCCGGUCAGGACAUUCUUGCAUGGAUUGCCAACCACAUGAAGACAACUAAUGAAGAGGCUCAAGCAUUUGGCACAAUGUUAGUGGCAUAUGGUUACAUCUACCCUCUAGAGGACCACAAAAAGCUUGUCUUAAAAGGAGAUGGAAGUUUGUACCGCUUUCAGACUCCCUAUUUCUGGCCUGUGCAGAAAUGGAAGGCUGAAGACACAGAUUAUGCAAUUUAUCUGGCAAAAAGAAACAUUCGAAAAAAGGGAGUGCUUGAUGCCAAUGAACAGGAAGAAUACAACAAGCUUCACAAAUGGAUGAACCACAAGUGGGAUUUUAUUGUAAUGCAAGCUAAAGAGCAGUACCAUGCUGGGAAGGAGCGUAAGAAGCCAGACAGAGUGGUGUUCGACUGUCAGGAGAGAGCCUACUGGAUAGUUCAAAGGCCUCCACCACAAACUCACAGUGCCAUGGAUUAUGGUGUGGAGCGCCAUAUUGAUCCUAAUACAGAGGAGAAAAAAACCUAUGAUUACUACAGAAGGAUUAUCAUCUACACACAGCAAGCCAUCAUGAGGUCAAGGGUCAAGUCUUCAGUGUCUCUGGGAGCCUUUGUCAAGUAUAUGACAACACACAUAAACCACGACCCGUUCCUGGUACCCUGUCUCCCAAGCAACCCAUGGCAAACUGAUGAUGACACAUACUGGGAGCUGAACAGGCCAAAUGUUGAAGUUCCCACAAAGAUGACAGUUGAACGCUGGUCCUUUAGCUUCUUCGAAUUGCUUAGUGACCCACGGGGCCGUGCAGACUUCAAGAUCUUCUUAAAGAAGGAAUUCAGUGGUGAGAAUUUGGCUUUCUGGGAAGCCGCUGAGGAAAUAAAAUGGGGCACAGCAGCUUCUAUGUCAGAGAAGGCAGAGACUAUUUUCAAAACAUUCCUGGCCCCAGGAGCACCACGUUGGAUCAACAUUGAUGGCAGAACCAUGGGUCUUACUGUAAAGGGAUUGGAACAUCCUCACCGCUUUGUGCUGGAUGCUGCCCAGACCCAUAUCUUCAUGCUGAUGAAAAAGGAUACCUUUUAUCGCUACCUGAAGUCACCAGUAUACAAGGAAAUACAGAAAAAGGCCAUUUCACCUGAAUCACACAAUUUCUCUGAUGCUCAGCUGGAGCACAAUGCCAAGAACCGCAAGCCUGGCAUCCACCCUAUUAUCAUCUGGCAACAGGAACAGGAAGAGAAAGCCAAGGCAGCAGCUGCAGCUGGACCCAUAGACAUUAAAAAGUUAAUGACCAACAAAUUAGAUCGCAAAUAGAAAGUUGGAGGCCACGGGUCAGGACAGAGAGCCAUUCUGGAAAAGCUUUACAAAAAUCCUUUUUCCACCCUAACAAUCUAACAAAAAAACAGAGACCCAUAAAAUGGUUUAAUGAUUCUUGGGUGCCCUAUAGAUUUACAGAAUAGAUCUAAAUUUACACUUUAAAAUUCUUGCAUGAAACGCCCUGAAAUUAUAUGUAAAUGUAAAUAUGACAAUGAGGCAAAGGGAGGGUGGCACUGAUACAUAAAAUAUGUACAUUUUACAGCUGUAUAGCUAGUGUACAAAAUAUAUAUUUUUGUAGUUGGCUACAUUGGGAAACAAAAUGUCAUAAACACAUACCUGGUGGGAAUUAUACACAUGGAAAACCAAUGUCAUAAUUUUUUUUUUUUUUUCAUUUCACAUUCAUUUUCAUAUUUGUUUUGUUGGUUUUGACAUCUGCAUGACAUCAACACAGCACUUGCAUUCCUUUCAAUCAGUGUUCACCUGUAUAGCGGUUUCCCAUUUAUAGUGUGAACAUGUUUUGCAUGUGAGUACACGUGUACAAUAGUCAUGGUAAAUGCUCUCUCAUUCCUGCAAUGAAUAUGCAUUGUAUUCAACAGUAUAACAAUAAAA